AUGGCGGCCAUACAAGGUGGUGUGGUCGACGCGGAUGAAGAAAAGGACAUUAAAUCGGAACCAUCGAGCGAUGGCUGGGCAAACAACAAUGCGAGCGACGGGAAGGUGCUCCCUGCUUCGCCGGGCUCCAGCGCACCGGCCGUUGGCACCAAACCAGCGGCGGGAGACCCGGAGGACCAGCAGACGCUGCUGGCGGUGCUGCAGUUCCUCAAGAAGAACAAACUCACCGAGUCGGUCGAUAUUCUGCGUCGCGAAGCGGGACUACCGGAGGAUUCACUGAAGGAGGCCGACUCCUCCGGGGCAGGCUCGGGAGGUGCUGCCGGCGGUGGGGACGCAGAAGGCGCGAAUGCGAGCUCUCUGCUGAGCCGGGUGACCGUGUCAUCCUCCGCCGCAGCUCAGGCGCCAACAAAAGCCUCAGCAGGGGAGGAUCAGCCAGACGUCAACGUGGUGCUGUCAGCGUACAGCCAGCAGGGAGACCCGCCUCUGUACCAGGUUUACUACAGCGGCCUGAAGAGGUUCAUCGAGACGGUGCUGGACUGCCACAGAGCAGAACUGUCCCAGGUCUUCUACCCGCUGUUUGUGCACAUGUAUCUGGAGCUGGUGUACAACAAUCAUGAAAGUGAGGCCAAGGCUUUCUUUGACAAGUUUAGUGGAGACCAGGAGUGUUAUUAUGCAGACGACCUGCGCAUUUUGUCCAGCCUAACGAAGAAGGAGCACAUGAGAGGCAACGAGACUCUCCUUGACUUCCGCACCAGCAAGUUCGUCCUGCGCAUCUCCCGCGACUCUUACCAGCUGCUGAAGAGACACCUGCAGGAGCGUCAGAACAACCAGAUCUGGACUAUUAUCCAAGAGCACCUCUACAUCGACAUCUUUGAUGGCAUUCCCCGCGGCAAGAGCCAGAUCGAUGCCAUGUCCGGCAGCUUGGCCGGAGAGGCUAAGCGAGAGGCCAACAAGGCGAAGGUUUACUAUGGAUUGCUGAAGGAACCGGAAAUAGAGCUUCCACUUGAUGAUGAGGACGAGGAGGCAGAGAAUGAGGAGGGUAAACCCAAGAAGAAGAAACCGAAAAAGGACAGUAUGGGCUCUAAGAGCAAGAAGCAGGAUCCUAAUGCACCUGUUCAAACUAGGAUACCUUUGCCAGAACUUAAGGACUCAGACAAACUGGAUAAGAUCAUGUACAUGAAAGAGUCCACCAAGAGGAUCCGCGUGGGACCAGAUAACCUCCCGUCCAUCUGCUUCUACUCUUUUCUAAAUGCAUAUCAGGGUUUGACUGCAGUGGACUUCACAGAUGACUCCAGCCUGAUUGCAGGAGGCUUUGCUGACUCAACAGUACGGGUUUGGAGUGUCACACCGAAAAAGCUCCGCAAGGUCAAGUCUGCAGCAGACUUGAAUCUGAUUGACAAAGAGUCGGACGAUGUUCUGGAGAGGAUCAUGGACGAGAAGACUGCCAGUGAGUCCAAGAUCCUCCACGGACACAGCGGCCCAGUGUAUGGCAUCAGCUUCAGCCCAGACAGAAACUACUUGUUGUCGAGCUCAGAAGACUCUACGAUCAGGCUGUGGAGUCUCCUAACAUUCACAUGUCUAGUGGGCUACAAGGGCCACAAUUACCCAGUGUGGGACACUCAGUUUUCUCCCCAUGGACACUAUUUUAUCUCUGGAGGACAUGACAGAGUUGCCCGUCUGUGGGCGACGGAUCACCACCAGCCUCUACGGAUGUUCUCUGGUCAUCUAGCUGACAUCACCUGCACCCGCUUUCAUCCCAACUCCAAUUAUGUAGCUACAGGGUCGUCGGACCGCACCAUCCGCCUCUGGGAUGUCCUGAACGGAAACUGCGUCCGUAUAUUAACUGGUCAUAAGGGUCCUAUCCAUGCACUGGCUUUCUCUCCAAACGGGAAGUUCUUAGCUUCGGGAGCCACUGAUGGAAGAGUUCUCCUCUGGGACAUCGGUCAUGGACUGAUGUUUGCCGAGCUCAAAGGCCACACAGACACCAUCUAUUCCCUCAAGUUCAGUCGGGAUGGAGAGAUCCUUGCCUCUGGCUCUAUGGACAACACGGUUCGUCUGUGGGAUGCAACAAAAGCAUUUGAUGAUUUAGAGACGGAUGACUUCACAGCAGCCACAGGACAUGUUCACAUACAAGAAAACUCACAGGAGCUCCUGCUGGGCACCUACAUGACUAAAUCCACACCUGUCAUACACCUCCACUUCACCCGCAGGAAUCUGCUUUUGGCUGCUGGAGCAUACAAUCCAUGAGGCAUGGCUGAGUUCUUAGGGGGAAAAAAAAUCAAUGGUGCAAAUGUUUGGUACCAUAGCUCUACUAUUAAUUGAGGUGGAUGCAGGACAGUUAGAAUUGUUCCAUAAAACUGUAUUUCCAAUGCACCUGUGGACAUCUAGCUGUGAAAUAAGGAGAGCAGACUCCUGCCCUGACCCUGGAAGAUUCAGGCUUCCAAUGAAGCUUGUUAUUUCAUUCAGAUAUCCAUUUACCUCAGAAGUGCCAUUCCUUAUAGAGGACCAUGUAUUAAAAAAAAAGCAUCACUGCCAUGAGAACAGCUUUGCUCAUCACAUGGCUCACAUUUCUGUAUCAUAGUCUUUUAUACUGUUGUACACUGUAAAUAAAACAAAGUGUUUUUUAUGUU